AUGUCUUUUACUCUCUAUUUCUUAUUAAUUAUUCCUUUAUUCGUAUUAUUUGGAGUUUGUAAACUAUGCUUUUUUAAAAAAUAAGGAAAUAGAAGAGAUUAGUUUGGAACAUUAUAAGAGCGAAUGAAAAAAAAGAUAAUUUUUGGGUAUGCUGAAUUAAUAAAGACCAUGAGUCAUGAAGAUUUAUAGAUAUUGCAAUAAACUUAUGAAAACACAAUAAAAAAUGCUUAGAGUAUAAAAGUAUCAGGAACGAAGGUGGAAAAGUAAUAGAAACACAAUAAAAAAGUGAUAUUCGUAGAUGAUUUGGAUUAGUAAUCAACAGAAGCAUCAAAUUUAAUUUGA